AAACCAACCAUACAAUUGUCCAAAAUAUCGAUGUUACUGAACUAGCACCAUGCUCGGAAUGUGAUAAAAAAAUUUUAACAGUUAGCUAUGAACCAUUUACAAUCCUCGCAUGUGGACACACAUACCAUAGAUAUUGUAUCGAGAAAAAAAUUUCACUUACAGAUUCAAAUAUAUGUCCUAUUCCUGGUUGUAAUAAAUCUGUCGAGCCCAUGGUCUCUGAACAAAGGUUUUCUCAACAAUCAUCUCAGUCAAGUACUUCAUCGAUAGUUAGGAGGAUGAGUAAUCUCAAUACAGAAGUAAUCCAAGAAGAUGAGGAAAUGGAUGAUGCGGAUGAUGAUGCGGAUGGAUCGGUAGAUACUCCAAUCGAAAACUCUCCCAAUCUUAAAUCAUUAGAUGCCAUUUGCUCUGCAACGGUUGUUUAUCUGGCAAUGGUUGAUAAUUCUUUGGGUGUGUAUGAGGAUGUUAGAGAUUUGGCUGGGCGUGCAGUGGAAGAAGCAUUGAAAAUUGUAGAUGAUUCUGAUCGAAGAGAAAAAAUAUUGAAUAUUUUACCAGAGAUGUAUAUUGGAUAUAGAAGUGUCGUAGGUUUGAGAGGAAUAAAGGCUCUGAAUACAACAUGUAAAUCAAUCCCGAAUUAUACGCAAGAAGAAGUAGAGGAAAAUCUUAGGGUGUUGAAGUCGAAACUUAGCUCACCAAUUACGGAUGCCGACAUGUCUCUUUAUGAUUCUAUUAAGAAAAAUCUAGGUAAAAUUGAUUCUUCUGAGCUCACAUGGAAAGACCUGGAGGCGAGCACGGUUCUUAGUGAGGAUUCACAAAUAAUAAAAAAUCUGGGAAGUAGGCAAAAAUGUCAUUUUUUGAAACCACGCAAUAAUAUGAAAUGUGAAAUUCCCGAGUCGGUUUACUCCAAGUGUGAUGAACUUAUACAUAAUUUCCAUAAAUCAGAGAUUCCGAAUCAACUUAAAAAUAUUUUACAUGAUAAGACAUGGAAAGAGAAUGAAACUGAUCUGGAGAAAAGAGUAGAACGUAUUUUUGCUGUACUUAAAGAAGUAUCGAAUAACCCAGCAUUUGAAACUGGUGAGUCUCGCAAAGAACAAAGUGAAGGUACUUAUAUUGCAGAUGUAGUAGUGCCUUUACUUCGAGCUACCUUGGAAGAUCUGCCAAAUGGGUGCGUUUGCUUGAGUAUGGCAGAACACCAGAGUAUGGCAAGUAAAUUACACAAAAAUUUUGGAGUGUUGGGUAGAGAGCAGAUAGGAAAGAAGCCCGAUGUGAUGGUAUUAGAUAAGUGUAAAGAGAAAAUUUUUGAGCUUCUAUAUGCCGAGUGUUCACGUAUAAUCUGCAGUUCUACAAAAAAAUCAGAUGACGAGAUAAAGUUAUGGAGGGAAAUGUUGGAUGGUGCGAGCUUUGUAAGUGGUGUUUGUAGACCAACUAGUAAUCAAUUUGGUAUUAUUGGAAUUCAAGUGGCAGUUGAAUGUCCUGAUUUGGAUAGCGAAUGGUCUGAUUCAGAUAGUGAAUGGUCUGACGAAGAGAAUGAGUAA